CCCGGCGAGGGCAAACGGGGUCGGACCCGGCCAUCAGCGGGCGGGGCGAGGGUGCUGGGCUGAGGACGGCGCUGCUGCAGCUGAAAUGGGCGCCUGGGCGGUGGGGGGGAGGCUCCAGGAGCAUCUGGUCAGGUCCGUGAUGGCCUCCAGGUGCCCUCAGGGCCCUGAGAGCGGUGCCCUUUUCCAGUUUGCUCCCUCUGUCCUCCUCCAUCAGGAGGGACUUGCUGUAGGGUGAUUGCAGCGGGGUGUCAGAGGGCUGUGUAAGGGGGCACAAACCCAAGACGAGUGACUGGGAAAGGGACACAGCGUGAGAGAAGUGGGGAUGGGUUUAUGGGGUGUCAGGCUGCCCAUGAGGGGCUCCAGGGACCAGAUGGGCUUGGGGGUACUGGGAGGAUAUUCAGGACACCCCUGGAAGAACCCCAGAGGCUGGGCAGUACUGGGGGGAUCACUGGAAAGCCUGGGGCUGAGUAAAAGAGCUCUGGGCCAUUAACAAGCUCCGUGGGACCUGUUUCAAGCACGUGGCUCACGGGAGACAUUGCUUGAGAGCACUUUAUUUUGGGCAUGUUCUCAGAGAUGAAGUUUCCCGUGCCCUGGGGCCAUUUGGCAGCCAAGGCCUGGGGACCCCCGGAGGGACACCCGGUGCUGUGCUUGCACGGCUGGCUGGACAAUGCCAACACCUUUGACAGGCUCAUCCCUCUGCUCCCCAAAGAUAACCAUUACGUGGCAGUGGAUUUUUCUGGCCAUGGUUUGUCGUCCCACCGACCUGCAGGCUCCCCCUACCAUUUUCUGGAUUAUGUGAGCGAUGUGCGCCGGGUAGCAGCAGCAUUGCAGUGGAGACGGUUCACCCUGAUGGGUCACAGUAUGGGUGGGGCUGUGGCAGGAAUGUUCUGUUUCCUUUAUCCUGAGAUGGUGGACAAGCUGAUCCUGCUGGAAAAUCUGGGCUUUCUGCUGGCUCCAGAGGACACUGAGGCGUGGCUGAAAUCAAAACGGAUGGUUAUCGACAGAUUACUGAGCUUAGAGGCAAGGCAGCAAGCUCCCAAAGCACGUAGCCCUGAAGCAGCAUUGCAGAGGCUGUUAGAAGCAAACAGACAUCUGACAGCUGAGGGUGGGGCGAUCCUGCUGCAGCGAGGAGCAACUGAGACACCCGCUGGGCUGGUGUAUAACAGAGACAUGAGAGUCCGUACGCAGAGUCGAGAAUCCCUCACCACGGAGCAGUGCGUGAAGCUCUUGCAGAAGAUCCAGGAUCGUGUUCUCAUCAUUUUAGCACAAGAUGGACUCUUGGUACCGCGCAAGCUGGAGAGCAAAAACCACUUUGUGAUAGCCCUACGGGAGGCAUUCGAGCGUACCCUCAGAGAGCACAUCCAGCUAGUAGAGGUGCCCGGGAGUCAUUUUGUGCACAUGAACGAGCCUGAGGUGGUGUCCGGGAUCAUCAGCAACUUCCUGACAGCGCACGACACCAGAGCAAGGCUCUAGGCAGGUUCCACUGCAGCAGCAGUUCAGAACAGGGAGCUAAAAGCAGACUCCGGAGGAAUUGUCACCUUUCCUACCUCACAUCCAACAGCGGUUUCACGAUGCUCAUUCCUAAGCUGAACUUGUUGAACGGGUGGAAGCAGAUCUGCUCAUUUGUCCAAGGGAAAAGGAAUUUUUCCUCCACUUCUAGCUCUGGCAGUGCAGGGUUAGAUACCCAGUGGCCUUCCCUUUGCUUACUCCUAACUUUUGCACCCUGAAACAGAGCAGGAAUACAGGCACAGGCAUCCUCUGCGGGAGCAGCAGCAGCACCAGCUGUAGCACCGCAAGAGAGGGGUGGGGUGGCUCAUUCUUGACUCCCCUCUGAGCAUGGUGUGAUCAGUCUCUUCCCAGGGUUAGACCCUCUGAAAAACACAGGAGCGUUCUGCUUCUCUGCUUAUUUCCAUGAGUACCUGAGCUCAGAGCGCCUCAAUCUCUCUGUUCUACUGCUGCUUUUUAAAAAAACUUGGCUUACAUGAGAGCUCACCUGAGCACAGAAGGCCAUUUCAAUGAACUCGUAGGGAAUGAGACAUUAAUCCUCUAGCUGAAACAGCUGGGAGAACUACUAGUAAUGGAAAAGUUGGCAGAGAUGAUUUCUGUCCUUCUAAAUAAAGAUUGAUCUUCUACUGUUAA